CAAGUCUUCGUGGGCUCGAACAUCUCCGUUUGGCCUCAUUUUUGUGCUUCGGUGGUAGCUGCACAGCCCAAAUUAGCAGCAAGGAUCCCACGGAGGGGGGCCGCUGCCUCCCUCGGCUCCCAGAUAUAUGUUGGGGAAAGGAGGAAAGCGGAAGUUUGACGAGCAUGAAGAUGGGUUGGAAGGCAAAGUGGUGUCUCCUACUGACGGUCCCUCUAAGGUGUCUUACACCUUACAGCGUCAGACUAUCUUCAACAUUUCCCUUAUGAAACUUUAUAACCACAGGCCAUUAACCGAGCCAAGCUUGCAAAAGACAGUUUUAAUUAACAACAUGUUGAGGCGAAUCCAGGAAGAACUCAAACAAGAAGGCAGCUUGAGGCCCGUGUUUGUGACCGCUUCGCAGCCCACCGACCCUCUCAGCGACAACUUCCGCGAGGCCCAGCCGGCGUUCAGCCAUCUUGCCUCCCAGCCCCUUCUCCCCACUGACUUCGUAAGCACUACGCCCCUGGAGUCUUGCCUCACCCCAGCCUCUUUGCUCGAGGAUGACACUUUUUGCACUUCCCCGACUGUCCAGCACGAUGGUCCAACAAAACCACCACCUCCUGCUCUCCAACCAGUAAAGGACAGCUUCUCUUCAGCCUUGGACGAAAUCGAGGAGCUUUGUCCAUCACCUACCUCCGCAGAGGCAGUAGCAGCUGAAACAGCAGCCGAUGACUCUAAAGACCACCCCAGUGAGUCCAACGUUCAAAAGCCCGAGGGCCUCCCAGAGAGCAGAACGGCCGAAUCAAAACUCAUGGACUCGCUACCUGGCAACUUUGAGAUAACAACUUCCACAGGUUUCCUCACAGACUUGACCCUGGAUGAUAUUCUGUUCGCUGACAUUGAUACGUCCAUGUAUGAUUUUGACCCCUGCACGUCUGCCACAGGCGCUGCCUCAAAAAUGGCUCCUGUCUCAGCAGAUGAGCUCCUAAAAACUCUCGCCCCGUACAGCAGUCAACCAGUAACUCCAAAUCCGCCUUUCAAAAUGGACCUCACAGAACUUGAUCACAUCAUGGAGGUGCUUGUUGGGUCUUAAAAAUAUAGAAAUAUAGCAACUUUUUUUUUUUUUUUUUUUUUUUUUUUUUUUUU